CAUUCAUCUUCAUCCCUCUGCACUUCAAAUUUGGCUAAAACGGCAUCGUUGCUUUCCGUCUGCUCUGCGAUAAAAAAACAACCAUACACCUAAAAAAAAGAAAAACAAAAAAUCAUCUGGCCCCACGGUAAUCUUUAGCCACGUCUCUCUACCGCUUAUCUCCCGAAUCCUUAUCCUUAGCCCCUUGAACCAUCAAGCACUACUUUGUCCUCUUUCUUCAAUUUCUACCGCCUCUCUGCAACGCCCAUAUCUUUAUCUCAUUAUUCCCUUCUCCCCUUUCAUCCUCUUAUUCUUAUAUUGUUCCAUUUCAUAUCUCUACUCUGCUGACUACGCCUUUCCUUUUGGGACUUCUAUCCUCUUCCCUCUUUGAAACCCUCGACUAAUCGCUGCGCUUAACGCGUCUUUACCAUUUCGAUUCAAUCGAGGGUUUUCUUUCUUUCUUUCUGGUUUUUUCCUCGCUUUAAUUUAUCUGGGCUCUGUUUGGAUUGCUGGAUAUUUCCUUUUUUGCCGCUAUUUCAUUGGGGGGAAAGGCUAGAUGGCUUUGUGGUCGAUUUUAUUGGAGAUUUUGAACAGACCCACUCUUGGGGAUGCCCUGGCUGAGCUCGUCAUAUUUAUGAUUCCUCUUUGGAUUGCGGUUAUUGUUGGGGUUCUAUUAGGAUGGGCAUGGAAGCCUAAAUGGGCCAAUUUGGGCAGAGUGAUGUUGGAUUCUUCAGUCGCCAAGGACUCCGAUAACACUGUAGCAUCACAGGCAUCGUCUUCGAUCCCCACCUUGAAUUUAUUUAAGAUUCAAUUGCCCAGUUUCAUCCCUUGGGUUGCUGACGAUGGGAUUCAAAAGGGGACUUCUUCUGCGCCGCCUACCAUGACUGAUGAUUGCAGUUCCUCACAGGUGCAAAAUGAUAAAUCCAGUAUGGUGAAUGAAGAUGAUUUAGAGCUUUUGUGUAAGCUUGUUGAGGAAAAAGAUGGAGGUCCUGCUUGGAUUCAGAUGAUGAAUCGUUCUAGUCCAACUAUGAGCUAUCAAGCUUGGCGGAGAGAUCCUGAGACUGGCCCUACGCAAUAUCGUACCAGAACUGUUUUUGAGGAUGCCACUCCUGAAAUGGUGAGGGACUUCUUUUGGGAUGACGAAUUUCGGUUGAAGUGGGACGACAUGGUUAUACAUGCUGCAAUUUUGGAGGAGUGCCCCACCACAGGAUCCAUGGUGGUCCAGUGGGUACGCAAGUUUCCCUUCUUUUGUAGCGAUAGAGAAUACAUCAUAGGCCGUCGAAUUUGGGAAUCUGGUCGAUUGUAUUACUGUAUUACAAAGGGAGUUCCUUGCUCUUCUGUGCCAAGACGCGACAAACCAAGACGUGUGGAUUUGUUCUAUUCAAGUUGGUGCAUUCGUGCAGUUGAAUCAAAAAGAGGGGAUGGCCAACUGACUGCAUGUGAGGUGCUACUUUUUCAUCAUGAAGAUAUGGGUAUUCCUUCGGAAAUUGCAAAGCUUGGAGUCCGGCAUGGUAUGUGGGGAGCAGUGAAGAAGAUCGAACCUGGUUUACGUGCAUAUCAGAAGCACAGAGCAGCUGGAGGUCCACUUGCACGCUGUGCUUUCAUGGCUCAGAUCAACACCAAAGUGAGUACAGACUACCUGAGAUCUUUGGAGAGCAGUUCUAUUAGUCAUUCAUCAGAGGUUGAAGCUCAUGAUUCCUCAAAGAAACCAGGGGGAAACUUACCUAGGCUUCUAUUGGUUGGUGGGGCUAUUGCUCUUGCUUGUACUCUUGACCGGGGGCUGUUAACUAAGGCAGUUAUAUUUGGAGUAGCUAGAAGAUUUGCAAAAAUUGGAAGGAGGUUGUAAUCUGGAAAUUAUUUUUGCAUAUCAUUGCUAAGAUGUCGACCAAAGUUAAUUGAUGUUGCCGUGAAUUGAGAAAUGAUGAUGAAUCUCCCAACUCCCGGCUGCCUUUUGAAAUGGAUAGAAGCCUUGUAUUCAUUUUUCCUUAGGCUUGAGUUAUGGUGUGUCUUCAGGUGGGAAAAAGAACAAAAUGUCAUACAGAUGUAUUGAUGAAAUUUAGCAAUGUGAUCAAAGAAUCUCAAGCUACAUGAAUAACGGAAAUAUUCAGGUUAUUG